AUGGAUUCCAAUCCUCUGGUCGCGCUAGCCAAUUUUGUAAUUUGUUAGAGUAAAGAGAACCAAUAGGCCCCACUCUCUAACUAUAAAAACAACGCUUCAUUUUUCCCUCGCCUUCUUUCAAGCGGACGUUUUCUCCAGCCCAGAGGAAAACACCAUCUUUCCUCGCUAAACGGUGACUUUGUUGAUCUACUUGAUUUGGAUACCGGAAAGGGCAUUUUCAUCAUUUGAAUAUUCUUGCUGAACUUAAACUUGCAAUUGCAGAAGUUUUUUUUACAUCUGGAGAUAUGGCUGAGGAUGGUCACAAGGUUACCUUGAAUGUAUAUGAUCUUAGCCAAGGAUUGGCACGACAGCUAUCUACAACAUUCUUGGGUAAAGCUAUUGAGGGAAUUUGGCACACAGGCAUAGUUGUAUAUGGCAAUGAAUAUUAUUUUGGGGGAGGCAUACAGCAUGACCCUGCUGGAAGAACUCCAUAUGGAACACCAAUCAAGGUGGUAGAUUUGGGCACUACACAUGUCCCCCAGGAUGUAUUUGAACAGUAUUUGCAAGAAAUUAGCCCCCGCUAUACGGCUGAGACAUACAGUUUGCUUACUCACAACUGCAACAACUUCAGCAAUGAGGUUGCCCAGUUUCUAGUGGGUGCAGCUAUUCCAGAUUAUAUUAUUCAGCUCCCUACUGAAGUUAUGAACAGUCCAAUGGGUGCUCUUAUAAUGCCCAUGAUACAAAAUCUGGAAGCAACAUUGAGAGCAGGAGCUGUCCCACAAGUCCCACAAUUCAGGAGUGCAGCGACUAGCCAACCUUCAUCAGCUGCAGCAACAGCCACUGUUAAUUCAUCCUCAGGCACCAAGUCUGGGCCUUCAAAGGAGUCUAUACCUUCUGCUGCUGAACCUGCAAAAGCAGAAAUGAAGCUUACAGCCAAUGGGGUUGAAGGAGAUCCUCUUGGGGAUGCUCGGAGCAAGUUGCAGGAGGAGAUAAGCCUGGAAUUUGAGAAGAUCAUGUGUACUGGCGCAUUUCGUGCGAGUGAGGCUGCAACUCUAGCAGCUAAGAGAGUUAUGCAAAGAUACAAGAAUAUGAAUGUUGCAGCAUAGCAGGGUUAGAAAUUGUUAAAGGAAUUGAAUUUAAUUGGUGCUUUACCUGCUGUUCGCCAAAUGUGGGUUCAAAGAACCAAUACAAUGAAAACUUCAGUCAGAUUUUAUUUCA